AUGAAGUCUCUCUUUGCGCAAGUCGCGACUGCGGCAUGCGUUCCCUAUCUGGUGGCCGCUUCUUACAAGGACGCAUUUAUCGUAGAAUUUGAUGGUCCUGCGCAAUUGAGUUCUGACAUCCUGAACUCCGAAGUCCAGACUUCACUCGCCGCGUCUGGCCUAGACUGCACCGCCUCCAAACGGUAUCAAUUCACCCACUCCGUGUUCGAGGGAGCCUCCUUCGAUCUCAGCUGCGAGAAUGACAAAGUUACGCGAAAGUCUAUUCUCAAUGCUGUUAAGUCAAUUCAUGGUGUCAAAAAGGCUUGGCCGGUCACCAAUAUAGACCAAGGAAAUCUCAGGGGCAACUAUCCCGGUGGUGUGAAUGGCAGAACAGUGAACCGCGAGUUCGCUUCUCAUGUCAAACGAGAUCUGCCUCAGCUCGAGAGAAGAGAUAACGAAACAGCUAAUAUUCUCUCAACCCACAUUGACACCGGUGUGGCCAAGCUUCACGCAGCAAACCUCACUGGCUCCGGGAUACGAAUUGCUGUUGUGGAUAGUGGAUUUGAUGUCGACGUUCCCGGCCUUAGCAAAGUCGACAUCGCAUACUCCCACGAUUUGACCGACAACGACAAUGAUGUCCGCGACAACUGCUCCUUCCACGGAACCCAUGUUUUGGGUAUCGUCGGUGCGAAGGGUGACGAAGGGCGAUUUGGCGUUCUCGGAGUCGCGCCAGAUGCUUCUUACGAGUUGUACCGGAUCCAGCCGUGUGGUGGAAGCGGAGCGACAGACAUGUUGAUCAACGCUUUCUUUGAAGCUGCUAACCGAGGCGUCGAUAUCAUCUCGUGCUCCUUUGGGGGCGGAGAAGCCUUUCCAGAAGAUCCCUGGUCUGCUGUUGCUACGCGGCUCUUCAAAAACGGAACAUAUGUCUCUCUUCCCAGCGGAAACGGCGGUCCGGGGGUGUUCUCCGGCGCCAGCCCAGCCAUGGCUGAUGCCGUCACAUCCGUUGGAUCGACUGACAACUCCGUGACGCCUUACCUGACGUGGCAGGGAAAUUGGACCUCGGAAAAUGAUGGAGGAGACAUUCGUUUUGUGCCAGGCCUGCCUUUCGAUCUUCCCGCUGAUACACAACUGACAGUCUGGUCCCCGAAUCAGAACGUCGAUGUGACGAACGACUGCCAGCCACUUCCGCAACCCACCAAUCUACCUGCAGACAUCUCCAACGUCGUCCUCCUCUCCUCGAUCACUCAGUGCUGGAACGAUGAGACGGGCGCUUCGGCUUCUCUCACGAAGGCUCUAGGUAUCCCUUACGUUAUCUACUACACGACUAAAAACUGGACCAUUUCUGAUGGGCCGGGAUUCUUUGAGGACGGACUGGACCCUGGCUUGAAAGCUGUUGUUACCGUUGAGUACGAGACCGGUGUCAAGCUGUUAGAUGCUUUACACAAAAGCUCAGGCGCGAAGGUGUACCUUGCCAACGAGGCCUCCAACGCAAACAUCAGUCUCGACAACAGACCCAACAACCGGACCGGAAAUCUCGCCUCAGUUUUCUCAAGCUGGGGCCCAACACUCACUGGAGGAUCCAUGCCUAUCAUCGUCGCUCCGGGAGGCAAUCUGAUCAGCACUUUCCCUGGAAAAUACGGAGGCUAUGGUGUUGUUGGCGGCACGAGUCAAGCUGUGCCCUUCGAAGCUGGAGUGGCAGCCCUUGUGAAACAACGUCACCCUGAGUACACUGCAGAAGAUAUUCAGGCCGUCAUCGCGACCACCGCUCGCCCGGUGAAGUGGAACGACGGAAAAGGCACCACGUCUGAUUUUUUUGCCCCAGUCUUCCAACAGGGAGGCGGCCUCCUGGACGCCUGGAACGCGGUCCACUCUACGACUGUACUCAGCACAUCUACUCUUUCGUUCAAUGAUACCGCCAAUCGACCCGAAGACCUCAGCUUCAAUAUCAAGAAUUCGGGUACCACGGCGCUCACCUAUCAUCUGAGUCACAGGGGCGCAGCCUCCGGUUACAUCCUUAAGACCGCGAACAGCUACAACCUCACUGAGGGCGAAGCAAUCCCUACAUACGCCGAUGUCAGCAUCACUCCGUCAACUCUGAAAAUCGAACCCGGUCAGUCCGCUUCUGUUUCAGUGGCUAUCACAAAGGAACCCGAGCUUCCAGAUGCCGCAACACGGGUUUCCUUCUUUGGGGGCUAUAUCGUGAUCGAGGCAGAGGGUUCAUCCGACGUAAAUAACUUCACUCUUCCUUACACUGGCUUCGGUGCUCCACUCGCUACUCUUCCCAUUAUCAACAGGGACACCUCAUACCUCAUGGCCUAUAACAUGACUUCCUCGUCCCCGACACGCAUUGGACCAGGCCGCACGUUCACCUGCUCUUUGGAUCUCACCAAAGAUGUGCCUGCCUCCUUCGCCGACAACAUGUUUCCGGGAGUCUGGAUUGAUCCCCUUGUGCAAACUCGCAAUAUGAGCAUCAGCAUUGUCGACGCGGACUCUGGAAAGCAGCUGGCAAAGUCGUUUCAGUCCACAUCAGAUGAUAUUUGGGGCCCUGGCAACACGUGGUAUUGGGAUGGCUCAGAUGACAACAAGGCGCCAAUUCCCUCAGGCACUUACAUCUGGCGGGUGAGGGCCCAGAGGUUGAAUGCAAACCCGGACAAGGCUGAAAGCUGGGAUAUCUAUGAUACGGGAACAUGGACACUGCGCUACGCUGGGAAUAGCACAACCGCAACAUCGGGAGCGCAGCGGUAG